UCUUACCACAUCGCCAUUUGCACCUACAUUUCUUAAGGAUACAAAUUUGUACAGUUUCCUCUGUUUUUUUUGGGAAUCAUCAAUGGAAGAAAUUGACAUUCCUCAAUAUUUCAUAUGUCCGAUAUCGCUCCAAAUCAUGAGGGACCCUGUUACGGCCUUGACUGGCAUCACAUAUGAUCGAGAAAGCAUAGAACAAUGGCUGAAUACCGCCGAAGAUACGACUUGCCCAGUAACGAAGCAGCCACUGUCUAAAGAUUCCGAUUUGACACCAAACCACACGCUGCGGAGGUUAAUUCAGGCGUGGUGUAUUGCAAAUGCCGUUGACAGAAUUCCUACACCGAAAUCUUCUCUUGACAAGGCUCAUGUUCUAGGAUUGAUUCGCGAUCUUAGGGUUGAUCAUUUGUGUGUAGUUGCUUUGAAAAAAAUGGAAGCUUUAGCCAAGGAGAAUGAAAAGAACAGGAAAUGCAUGGAGGAAGCUGGCGUUGCUAAGGCCAUGGUUUUGUUCAUAGUAAGGUGUUACAGGGAAGGCAGAGCAAUCUCCGCUCUUGAGGAAGCUCUGAGUAUUCUUCAUCUUAUUUGGACUCAAUCGGAAAAAAUUAAAGGUCUUGUGAAUCAAAACCAUGAUUUCAUUGAUUCAUUGGCAUGGAUUCUUCGGUACCCUGAGAAUGGAAAUGAUCAAGUCAUCGUGAAGACGAAAGCAUUGGUGGUUCUCAAGCUGGUGAUGGAAGUUGCAAAAACAAGUCUUCCGGAAUGCUCAAAGCCAGAGUUUUUCAAAGAAAUUGUAGGGUUCCUGAGAAAGAACAUCUCUCAACAAGCCACCAAAUCCACCUUGCAAAUAUUAGUGGAAGCAUGUCCCUUCGGAAGAAAUAGAUGGAAUAUUGUGGAGGCCAAUACAGUGUUCCACCUCAUUGAACUGGAGCUCCAAAAACCCCAAAAGAACAUCUCCGAACUCAUAUUCACUCUCCUGGUAAAUUUGUGUUCCUGCGCAGACGGCAGAGCUCAAUUUCUCAGCCAUGCGGGGAGCAUAGCGAUGGUGUCCAAAAGGAUCCUGAGGGUGUCUCCCGCUGUUGAUGAUCAGGCAGUUCGCAUACUUUCAUUAAUCUCCAAGUUUCCUGCAACGGAUGGAGUUCUUUCGGAGAUGCUGAGGGUCGGAGCCGUGACGAAGCUGUGCAUGGUGAUUCAGGCAGAUUGUGCUGUCUAUUUGAAAGAGAUAGUGAGGGGAAUUCUCAAGCUGCAUUCUAGUGUUUGGAACAAUUCCCCUUGUAUUGCUCUUUAUCUCUUAACAGCGUACCAAGGAUAGAAUUGCUUUUGAAAAUGGUAAAUUCUAUAGUUUUACCUUCACUCACCUCAUUGUAACCGAUGACAUGAAUGGUUCUAACUUCAUUUUUUUUUCCUAGUUACUUCCUCAAAGUUCAAAGUUGAAACCUUGAAUUUGAAAGUUUGAGAUAUAAAAGUUGUAACGCGGU